CUGGGAGUUGUAGUCCGGUCCGCUGGAGCCGGUGCCGCUGCGGGCUCGGCGCCGGCCUUUGUCUGUCUGCGGGCGCGCGCCGCUGCGGUGCUCAGGAACAGCUCAUGGAAGAAUCUUAUGAAGAGGAGGUAACUGAGGUCAUACAGCAGGAGUGGACAUGUUUGGAUUCCCAACAGCUACCCUGCUGGACUGUCAUGGAAGAUAUGCGCAGAAUGUAGCGUUCUUCAAUGUGAUGACUGAAGCUCACCACAAAUAUGAUCAUUCUGAGGCCACAGGAUCCUCAAGCUGGGAUAUCCAGAAUUCUUUCAGAAGAGAGAAGCUGGAACAAAAAUCCCCAGAUGCUAAGACACUACAGGAAGAUUCACCUGGAGUGAGACAAAAGGUUUAUGAGUGCCAGGAGUGUGGAAAAUCCUUCCGGCAAAAAGGUAGUCUAACAUUACAUGAGAGAAUCCACACUGGUCAAAAACCUUUUGAGUGUACCCACUGUGGGAAAAGCUUCAGGGCCAAAGGUAAUCUUGUUACACAUCAGCGAAUACACACAGGAGAGAAGCCCUAUCAGUGCAAGGAGUGUGGGAAAAGCUUCAGUCAGCGAGGUAGUCUAGCCGUCCAUGAGAGACUCCACACUGGACAGAAACCCUAUGAGUGUGCUAUUUGUCAGAGAAGCUUCAGGAAUCAAAGUAACCUUGCUGUUCACAGAAGAGUUCACAGCGGUGAGAAGCCCUAUAGAUGUGAUCAGUGUGGAAAAGCCUUCAGUCAGAAAGGAAGUUUAAUUGUUCACAUCAGAGUCCAUACAGGCCUGAAGCCCUAUGCCUGUACCCAAUGCAGGAAGAGUUUCCACACUAGGGGGAAUUGUAUUCUGCAUGGCAAAAUCCACACAGGAGAGACACCCUAUCUGUGUGGCCAAUGUGGGAAAAGCUUUACUCAAAGAGGAAGUUUGGCUGUGCACCAGCGAAGCUGCUCACAAAGGCUCACCCUUUGACUGUUCUCUUCGAAGGAAGUUCUCUUUAUGAAUCAAAUGUACAAAAUCCUCUGAGAUCAAGCAACCUAUCUGACUCUAUGGAAUGAAUGGAGAAUCUUUCAGAAAGACUAUCACUGAGUAAGCAAACUGACUUUUCUCCUUUCCCCCAAAUGAAUAAGAAAAAUAAAUGUCUUGUUUAUUAUCAUUA